AUGUCGGCGAUAGCGACGAGCAGAAGAGGCGGGAAGAGCCGCGUUGGGCAAACGGCGGGCGAGUGCGCGGCGGUGUGCUGCUGUUGCCCCUGCGCGGUGGUGCAUUUCCUUGUCCUCGCCGUCUACCGCCUCCCCGCCGGCAUCUGGAGGAAGAAGCAAAGGAGAAAGAGGAACAAGGAUCAAAUUUCAGCGGCUGGAUUGGAGAAUCGGCGGGAGGAGGAACAAUCACCCGCCGGAGAAGACGACGAUGCCGUUGGAUGGGAUGAUGAGACGUUGCGCCGCUUCGAUUGGGGCGGCUUCUGGCGGACCGAAUCAACUACAAGCAUCAAGGCCCCUCAAUUAUGA